AUGGUCGCCGUCGAUCCAACAUACCCCUUCCGCCCCAUCGCUUGCUUCCUGGCUGCAGCGAUGCUGCUCCUUGUACUUUUGACAAGCUUCAUCCGCCAAAGCUGGAACCUUGGUGUCGCAUUCUUGUGCUUCUGGCUCUUUUUCGAGAAUCUGGCCAAUGGUAUCAACGCUAUCAUAUGGUCGGAUAACGCCGACAUUAAGCUAUACGCUUAUUGUGAUAUCGUUUCGCACCUCUUCAUGAUCACUUCGAUUGUCAAACCCAUGGCGACCUUAAUCAUAUCACGCCGGUUAUAUCUAAUCACCCGCCUGCAAUCCGUAAACCCCCCCAACCAAGCUAUGAAACGCAAAGAAGUUGCGACAGAGUGGACUCUUGGUUCAGUGAUUCCUCUCGUUGUUGCAGGGCCCCUCUACUACAUAGUUCAGGACUGCCGAUUUCAGGUCGAUGAGGGCUUUGGAUGCAUUAACUCCACCGAGGGUUCAAUACUCGAAUUAGUGCUUAUCAAUUCAUGGAAUGUGAUCCCUCCCCUGGUAUCCAUCACCAUCUACUAUCCUCACGUCGCACGACUCUUUUAUCGUCAAAGUCGGGACAUCAACCACUUCCUGCAGAGUAACGAUUCUGUGUCCCGUACAAACUACUUUCGCCUACUGACUCUCGCCAGCAUCGAUAUUCUACUCACUUUGCCCGUAGGCAUCGCAACCCUCGUCUUGGAUGUGGAAGAUGUUUUGUCUUACGGUCUCAUCCCAUUCUACCUUGGAUGGGCACACGACCACACGGACUGGCAGCCAGUGAGCUUCUCCUACGCAGAUCUAGUGUCGCAAGGAACUUCUGCCGUAGCAGCGGAUUACCUCAGCCAAUGGACAUCCCCCGUCCUCGCAUUCGUCAUCUUCGGCCUCUUCGGCGUCACGUCAGAAGCCCGUGCCUCGUACUGGCGCGUCAUCUGCGCCAUCGGCGGCUGGUUUGGCUGGAAACCAACCCUUUGCACACGCAGAGCGCGUUCUCCGCUAGGAGACAUCGAGUUCGGCGAGCGGCCGGCUCAGAACUCGAUCUCGCUGGGUCUCGAGUGCGCUGCCUCGCCUUCUUUCACAAGAUAUCAACUGAUCAGACGAUGCACUUCGAAUCCGAGCUUCAUCAAUCGCAACGCACGGGCACAGGAGCGUACGCCGGGAGAGGUGGAGAGUGGCGCGGACAAGGAGAUCGAAGAAGUCCGUCGGAGCACCGACGGCGCAGUUAGAGAUACUGAGCAUCAGUCUGGAUAUCAGGAGUCUCACCGUGCCGAAGUGGUAGAUGCCUCGAGCGCCGUGUGA